CACAAAGCAUAAACAAGGUCAACAAACGCCCGAUGUAUGACAAAAAGUAUAAAAUAUAUUGUUUGCGUCGUUAAUUUACUAGCUGAAUUUUGAGGAUUUUGCCAACCUAUUUUUGCUCGGAAUGUUUAAGGUGAAUUGAACUCGUGCCACAUAUAUGAUAUCUCUAGGAUUCAGAGUGGUUCACAGGAUGCCAAAAUGCAAAGAAUCUUUCGAUGAAGAGGGGCUUCAGCUCUUACCUGUAGUUGAUAAAUCUUUGCAAAAGGAAUGCUCUAAGACUAAGGGUCGUGAUGCAGACGAAAGAGACGGGGAACAUUUACUAACAGGAUAUCAAAGCGCUCUUAUGAUUUUUAAAUUCUGCGUUGGUGCUGGUUGGUUCUCAUUGCCUGCUGCCUUUCAAUAUUCAGGUGUUUUGGUUGGUGUAAUCUUGAUUUUUAUUUGUGGAUGUCUUACGAUAUAUGGAUUGCAACUAUUAGUUUCCACUUCAUGGGAAGUUGCUCGGAGAAACAGAACCGAAACUGCCUAUUUUGGCGACAUUGGCGCAGCUUGUGGAAAAUUAGUGAACGAGAGAUGGGAACAGAUUGGAAGGCUGUUUGCUGAUAUUUUUCUCUUGAUCGGCGCUUUUUUUCUGACAUGCGCGAUGAUUCUGUUCGUCGCAAACAUUUGGAAACAGGCUUUCAAGGAACAAAAUAUUCUCGAGCUGGACAUAAACGUUUGGGUAUUCGUUAUAUAUGUUUUUGUUUUACCCACAAUCUUCAUACGAAGACCGGAUUUUCUGGCAUGGUUUUCGUUAAUUGCCAAUACAUUUGAAGUCAUUACGAUUGUCACCUUGAUGGUUCACAUAUUUUCAAAAACAUCAAGUUGGACGGUAGACAACACAGUGACAUGGUCAAAGCUGCCAUUAACUAUAGGAAUGGUAUUCUUUGCGUUCAACAUUGCCCCAUUUAUUCUUUCAGUGGAAAAUAAGACGAGAAAACCGAGACAGCUACCGCUUGUUAUAAAUGUUAUCAUGAUUGGUAUUUCGUUUACGUACGUUUUCGUAGGAACAAUUGGAUAUGUUUCGUGUUUUCCAGAAUGUGAAGAUAGCAUUAUUCUUAAUCUGCCCAAUUUUUGGUUUUAUUCAGUUUGCAAAAUUUUAAUGGGCGCUGCUGGUGGUAUAACUGUUAUCCUUGCAUAUAAUAUCGGAUAUGAUGUCGUUAAGCCUAUAUUGAAAUCUCAAGUGCCAGAAAGUCGAUUCUAUUUAAUUUCGCUUUUGUUUAAUGCCCUGUUGUUGACAUCAUCAGCUGCUUUUACAGCAAGUGUUCCGCAACUUGGUAAUGUUUUUUCUUUGGUUGGAUCGUUCGUGGCAGCUACUAUUGGUUUACUUCUUCCUGCCGUGGCGCACACUUUACUACUUUACGACCGACUUUCAAGAUUUACCAUCUUGACAAACGUUAUAUUCCUAUUUUGUGGUCUGUUUGUUCUCUUCGCUGGCGUAUAUACUUCUGUAAAAGAAAUCGUUAAAGAUUACUAGGAUAAUAAUAAUUUCAGCAAAUGGCACAUAUAGGAGGUUCGAUCCUGAAGAAUUACGGUGUAUAAUUUAUUAUCAGGGAAGUGUUUUUAAUCCAA